UGUGGGCAGGGCACUGACCCAGUUGCUGCGGAGCCGUGGGCAUGAAGUGACCCAUGUCUCUCGACAAGAGGGCAAGGAUCGGAUCAGCUGGAUGGGGUGAUGCCUUCUGCAGGGAAGUCAUCAGCAGCCGGGUUGAGACCACCAGGACCUUGGCCAAAGCCAUUGCUGAUGCUGAACAGCCACCCCGUGCUUGGGUCCUCGUCACCGGCGUAGGUUAUUACCGCCCUAGCCCCACAGCUCAUUAUACAGAGGACAGUCCUGGGGGGGAUUUUGACUUCUUCUCGCGCCUGGUGAGCUCCUGGGAGGCUGCAGCUCUCAUCCCUGGGAGCCCAGCUCGUGGUGUUGUGGUGAGAUCUGGGGUAGUGCUGGGCCGAGGUGGUGGUGCAGUCUCUCAAAUGCUCUGGCCUUUCCGUCUGGGACUAGGAGGCCCCCUGGGCUCUGGGCUCCAGCCCUUUCCAUGGAUCCACAUUCGGGAUCUGGCUGGGAUCGUGUGUCAUGCCCUGGAGAGUGAGUGCCUGCAAGGCGUCCUCAACGGUGUCUCCCCAUCCUCCCCUGUCACCUCCAAUGGCACCUUUGCUCAGGAGCUUGCUGCAGCCCUGGGGCGCCCAGCCCUGCUGCCAGUGCCUGCUUGGGCUGUGCAGGCUGUCUUUGGGGCAGAGCGGGCCGUCAUGCUGUUGGAGGGCCAGAGGGUGGUGCCAAAACACACCCUGGAGAGUGGCUACCAUUUCAUCUUCCCUGACUUGUCUGGAGCUCUGAAGGACAUUGUGGCUUGAAGACUCCUCGGUUGGGCUGGGUUGGGCCCUGUUUUUGUGAGCUCCCUGGCUCACAUGCCUUCCCCUGGGUGAAAGAGGGUAGCCCUGCCCCUUCUUGACACUUACCCAUCCCCAUACAGAGAGAGUGAGUAAUCUUUUCCCCUUCCACCUCCCUUUGUUCAUCCCCGGUUUAGGAAUCACCCCUCUUAUUGCCAUCUGCAAUCUCCACAUUACCUCUUUUGGGGAAGGGCACAAGCCCCAGUCACAAUCUUGCUGAAUCUGCCAUCUUCCCUUUUCCACAGUGUGCAUGUGAGCUGCUUGCAGAGCAGCUGGGGGGGUGUAAUGUCUCUUCCCCUGAGAGACAGGGGUGGCAGCAGGAAAGAGGUUUUCAGGUGUUGUAAUUCUCCUCCAUGUUACUGGAAGUCCCUCUUCCUGUUUUUCCCCAUGUCUUUUCCCCAUGGUCACAUAGAGACCUAGUUAUGCUCUUCUGCUUUGCCUUUCUCAGUCUCAUAGGGAAUGGAGUUGUGGCUGUGGGAGAAGAUCCAUCCUGAGGGGGCGCAAAGGGUGCUGGAUAUGGAUGGCUUGGAGACUUUGCCAUCUCCUUUCUUGUGGUGGCUCUGUGCUGGUACCAAGUUGCUGUGUCAGAACCUCCAGCUGAGUCUAGGCCCAAGAGUCGCACCCCUCCAGGGUUGCAUAACGCUGAUGCUGUGCUGGGGAUGAAGGAGAACACUGUUUUGCCAGCCUGUAGGGACAAGGGUGGUGGUGGGACUGUUGCCCCUGGACUGCUCUUGAGGCCUUGGAUAAGUGUCGACUACAUCUGAGCUUGUGCUGGGGAGAAACUGGGUGGUUUGUCUUGGUGUGAGGUAGUGCCAGGUACUGCUUUAGUCUAAAGGGAGCACUUCUCUAAUCCCAGACAGGGUGGGUUUUCCUUACUUAUCCCAUGAGGUGGUACUUGUGUUCAGGGGGCUCACACUGGUUGGGCAGUGAGAAUAUCCAGGCUGCCUGGGCUGUCUUGGGAAGCAGUACCUCUUCUCUUGUGGAGAACGUUGCAAUUUCAUCAUCUCAUACAGUAAGGAAAUGUAUCCACAUGCUUCCCUUAACCCAUUUUCACAUGCCAAAGUGGGUUGCGGGAUGUGAAAUCUACAGAGCAAGUAAGUUCAUUAUAGCACUGCUUCUGGAGAAAUAUUUCUAGUGUGAUAUAAUUUUGAGCUACAAAAAUAUAUUAAAAGGCACUUCAGGCAGUUGAAAAGACCUGCUCCAUUCCUGAAAUAAGAAACCAUCCAGAACAAGAGUGGUCCACAUAUUUCUGGUUUAUGCCAGGUUAAUGUAGUCACAGUAGCUGAAGGGUCAAUCCUGGUGGAGUCUAGAUUCCCCACUCACCUGCCUCUUUGUUCAGUCCAUACUGGAGACAGAACAGCAAUGUGCUGACUUUCUGGGCAGGAAGGAGUGGGACUGUACAGCUGGAACUGGAGUUAGUCCUUUCAGUCAGUGUGAGCACAGCCAGGUGAGCUGGGACUUUGGGAAUAGCUAUGAAAGCAACAUUGCCUGAAAUAAAUGUGGCUUGCUUGGAUUGUGUCUGUGCUGUGUGUAAGUUAGGUGCAGAUUCCUUCCUCUUCCCAUAUGCCUCAGUUUCCUUUCCUCAAGAGCGGGCUGACCUACUCUGAGUUACAGGCCCAGUUCAUUGUGGGGCAAUACAAUGGGGACAAUCAUCAGUUCUUUGUCUUUGGUUACUCUAGCUACCUUUUUAGAGCCUCGGACUUCAGUCUGCUUCCCCAGAUGUUGUGGGCUACAGCAUCCUUCUGUCAGGCAAUCUGGUUAGCCAGCCCAGUAGGUUGUUUCUGUACCUGUAUGUACCUUGAUGAUUGCAACAGCUUUGGGUUGUGACUGGAAAUAAAAACAAGUAUGACUGGAGAAGCACUGGCAACACACAGCUCUUCUGAAAGAGGGUUGCAUAUCCCAUGAAAGACCGCCACUAAGCAGAGUUCCCAGGCCUCAGACUCCCUGCCUGGAUGUGUAACUCACUCAGGAUUUUGAAGGAUUGCUUCUGCAUGAUGUUUGGCUUAAACACAUGUCACAGGACUUAAAUGAGCUUCUUGACACCUAAAUCCCAGUAUGGGAUCUGAAAACACUGGCUGCUGGGUGCAAUUAGGACUUUCCAUCAUGAUAAAUUCACAAACACACCAUGCCCCAUUGUCUACUGUGGAGCCAGGAAACAUGUAUUAGGGUGACAGCAUGCUGAGAUCUAGAUUGGAUUUUGGACCAGUGUAUUUUUGAUGACCAUAAGGAAACCCUGGCCCCCAGGCUGCAAGACUUUGUGGUCCUAAGUACAGGUCUUCUGCUAUCCCAACGUUGGCACAGCCAGCCCUGUAGUGCUCGGAGGUAGCAGAGUGUUUCUGCAAGCAUGUCUGAUCCAACUGCAGUGCCCCAGAUGUGCUCUGAAGAUUUACUCUGACGUGGAGCAAGUCUCUCUGUUCUUUUAGAGGUGAAUACUUACGACUGUUAAGACAUGUCAAAAGCAGCCGCUGCUUCCAGCAGCCCUGGUCCAGGACCCUCCUUCCUGGCCACUGGCCUCCCAGCCUGGUACCCAGGGUCUUUGCCUGAGCUGAGGGCCGCAGCAGCUGCUUUCCUGUUUGCAGGUUCAAUCAGCCCUGAAGCUGAGCACCUAUCAGGAGCACGUGUGCACACACACAGACAAGUAACACACAGACAGAAGACACUGAUGCGGCUGUUCACACAGACUGCCCCAGCCAAGAUGCUGCUGUCAGCAGCGCCCACACAUGGGACCCAUGUAACAUAAACACAGCCAGCCCUGUCCCUUCCCACUCUAGGGCUGGCAGACUCAGAUGACACCCUCAGGGUUCACAAGCAUAUGCACACUCAUGAAUCCAUUGAGCACCAGCAUGACCCCUCUGUCCACUUAGCACCCCUACCUGGACCCCAGCCCUUUGACCCAUCCCAUGGGUCCCCUACUCGCUGACUGAUCCAGCUUGAUACACCAAACAUGCAGUACUCACACACUUGUCCCGCAGGCACCCCACACUCACAGAUAUCCCCAGGUACCAGCAUGGACUCCUUGCCUGCCUGAUACCCCUGCCCAGACCUGAGGCUUCCUACUUGCCAGCUGGUCCAGCUUGAAUUUUGCUGGUGGAUGUGCACACCCCAUGGACAGCCGGUUUGUGGGAGACACGCUCACCUCCCCCAGCAUCCUGCACCAGGCACACAAGCUGAGAGCUGCUGUUCCGCUCCAGUUGCUGGCGCGGGGCUCCUCACUCCCCUCAGUCAUGCUGGUCCCCCCAGUAACUGGUUUUGUGGACAUGCAGAGUUACCAUCGCAGUGGCUGUAGGGUGAAGCCCCCCUGGCUCCAAUAGCUGACACCACAGGCCAGGGGUGCCUGCUUCCCCAGUCUGACUUCAGUAGCUGGCACCAAAUCCACUACGCUGAUCCCCCAGCAGCUGGCACUUAGUACCUGCAGCAGAUGUACACCCGGGGUAAAGUGAGAUGAUGCAGAGAGAGUUAUUAAAAGAUUUAAUAAGAAGACAGGGCAGACUGCAGUGGUCAAGCACAGAGCUCAGCCAGACCAGCACUGACUGGCCCAGAUUUACACCCAACGAGCCUCUCAUACCCCUUUUCUGUCUACCCACCUCUUUGUGGCUCCCAGCUCUCCCUCCUCUGCACAUUCCCUCAAGAGCUGACACGGUCCCACCGACUCCAUGCAACAUCCUGGACACUCGGGUUUGCAUCCUCACCAGUUGCGGUGUCCUGGUUGGCUAUGGCUUCUUGAGAGCUCAUCAAUUAGUGUGACUGAUGACGUUUGUUUCUGGUUAUUGACUUUGUUAAUACUGAUUGGUCAGGUUUUAUGACUCUGUGUCUGUCUCCCUCCCUUUCCUUAUCUUGCCAACUGUAAAAAUAAAUGUUCUCAGACUCGCUCCACACAUCCUUACC